AUGGAUAUGGACACAGUUCUAGUUAAAGUAAAACAUGGAAAAUUACGUGGAAAACGUCAGAAAAACUAUAAAAACGGAACUUUUUAUAGCUUCUUUGGAAUUCCAUAUGCUACACCUCCACUCGGAAAUUUAAGAUUUAAGCCCCCUCAACCUCUCAAUCCAUGGAAAGGAAUUUUAGAUGUAACAGAAGAAAAGGAAGGUUGUUUUGCACCUAAUAUUUAUACAAAAAAAAUUGAAGGCACUGAAGAUUGUUUACAUCUAAAUGUUUAUACUCCAGAGGUUAAUACUGGAAACAAAAAAUUAAAACCAGUUAUAGUUUUCAUUUAUGGUGGAGCUUUUUUAGUAGGAAAUACUAAAACAGAAAUUUUUGGUCCAGAAUUUUUAUUAACUCAAGAUGUAGUUCUCGUAUUAAUUUCUUAUAGGCUCGGAGCUUUAGGUUGGUCACGCCUUGAAGAUGGUUCCUUAGGAAUCCCAGGCAAUCAAGGGCUUCGAGACAUCAUCAUGGGUUUAAAUUGGGUUCAAUAUAACAUCGAAUCAUUUUCGGGUAAUCCAAGAAACGUUACAGUGUUUGGAGAGAGUGCAGGGGCUCUUCUCGCUCACAUCCUUAUGUUUGUGCCAUCAUGUGAAGGGCUUUUCCAUAAAAUAAUUCUUCACAGUACAACGGCUCUCCUUCAUUAUUCUUUCGGUCGAAACGACUCCAUGAAACUGUUGGCAGAAAAAUUGGGUUGCACCUCAGAAAAUGAUAAAGAUAUUUUAGAAUUUUUACAAAAACAACCUGUUGAGAAAAUUUUUGAAGGGCAAAUGAUGGUUAAAUACUCCAUAAUAUCGAAUGCAGCAAGACCGUUUUACCCCAUUUUUGAAAAUGGUGAUAAUAUAGAGGAAAAAGUAAUAUUUGGAGAUUAUAAUGAACGCAUAAAAAAAGGUGAAUACAUAAAAGUUCCUAUGAUUAUUGGAUACACAUCAGAUGAAGGACUAUUUUUUGACAACUUAAUACGAAGACAAUUAAAACGCAAUGAAAACCCGAUUCUAAUAAAAGAUUUUGAAGAUAUGGUACCAUUUAAAUUAGAAUUAAAAAAAGGAAGUCCAGAAUCAUUAAAGAUCGCCGAAAAGACGAAGAUGUUUUAUUUUAACGGACGAAACCCAACGUUACAAGAUCGCAAACAAUAUUAUAGAUUAUUUUCAGAAAGCGUCGAUUUCCCCGGAGCUUCUCAUUCAGAUGAGUUGUGUUAUUUAUUUAAGAUGUCCAAAAAUCCACCGGUUGAAGAAAACAGUUACGAAGAUAAAACGAUUCAAAGAAUGGUAAAGUUAUGGACUAAUUUUGCUAAGAACGGAAAUCCGAAUAAUCUUGAAGGCGAAAAUCGUUUCAUUGAUAUUGAAUGGAAACCAAUCGAAAAGAACAAACUACAUUUUCUUAAUAUUGGAGAUGAUUUAACUGUUGGGAUUAAUCCUGAUAAAGAAGGUGCCAAGUUUUGGGAAGAAAUAUUUAAUAUGAAACCGAUAUCUAAACUGUAA